CGCGCCGGCGUCAAGCUCCACCUGUACCGCCGCUGCACCACCAUGUCCGCUACCUUGUGGCACCGAGUGUCCACCGGCCAGGCCGUGGUCUGGAUCGGGCCCAGCUUCCACCUCUGGGAGGAUCCGGACUACGUGCCCUUGGCCGUGUACGACCGCGACUAUGCCGAUUGGGUGGUCGACGCCGAUGCGCCGUGGGACAGCGUUGCUGUGGCGCCCAGCCCCCUCCCGUGCCCGCCCUCCCCGGGCUCCAGCCCGGACCAAGGCUGCAUCGGUAGCCCCAGCCAGUCGUCCGAGGGGGGCAGCCUCACCACUGCAGCCGCCUCGCCAGCAACCUCCGGCCGCAGCAGCUCCGGGCCGUCCGAGGUCUGGAGCACCCCCAGCCCGGGGCGCACGCGCCAGCCCCAGGAUGACAGCGGGGUGGGCGCAAUGAGCUCGUUCCUCUGCACCCCAACCCAGCCAGGGAGGCCAGGCUUGGCCAUGUCUGUCUCCUCAUCCUCACCGUCGUCCUCGCCUCCCCGUAACGAGCCCUUGUCCCCUUGCGGGCCGCCGUGCCUCCUGCCCUGGGACUGUGCGUGCUUCGAGAACCCAGGGAUCCUAUAUGCCAGGCCUGCCGCCGCGCGUCGCACGCCGAGUGGAAGGCCCACCUGGAGUACCGCGCGCAAGAAGAGCUGGAGAAGGCCAACACCGCCGCCCAGGUCGAGGCCUACUGGGUGGCGAAGGAAGACACCUGGGCGACGGAAGCCGCGCAGGCCGAAUGCCUGGAGUUCUUAGGUCAGGAGGCGGACCUGGCCGCAGACCUGGCGGUGGCCGCCGAGUUAGGGCUGUGAGGGAAUAA